AUGACUUUUAAAUCACCCAAAGCAAUUUGGGAUUAUCUAAAAGACGAAUACGCUGGAGAUGACAGAAUACGAAGCAUGCAAGUGCUGAAUUUAAGGAGGGAAUUUGAGCUUCAAAGGAUGGAAGAGUCAGAGACAAUCAAAGAAUAUUCAAACAAAUUGUUGGCUUCAUUGGAGAACACAAAGGAUCUGUUGAAAAUCACAUUGGCAGAAGUGCUACAUGCCCUGCAAGCUCAAGAGCAGCGAAGAUUGAUGAGGCAAGAUCGUGUUGUCGAAGGUGCUUUGCCCGCCAAACAUCAUGAAGUUGAUGAAAGCAAAAAGGAUUUUUUCAAGAAGAAUCAACUAGCAAGCAGCGAAAAUAGUGCAAACAACCAAAACAAAGGUAAGGAUAAAAAGAAAAAUUAUCCACCUUGUCAGCAUUGUGGCAAAAAAGGUCAUGCACCUUUCAGAUGUUGGAGGAGACCAGAUGCAAAAUGUAACAAGUGCAACCAGAUAGGGCAUGAAGCGAUGAUUUGCCCCAACAAAAAUCACCAUAAUGAGGGAGCUCAGAUUGCUAAUCAAGAAGAGGAGGACCAACUGUUUGUGGCCACAUGCUUCUUGAGUAGUGAAUCAAGUGAAAGUUGGUUGAUUGAUAGUGGUUGUACGAACCACAUGACAUAUGAUAAGACUUUAUUCAAGGAUUUGAAGCCAACUAAUGUCUCAAAGGUCAGAAUUGGGAAUGGUGACUAUAUUCCAGUAAAAGGAAAAUGA